ACAAUGGCUUUCUAUUCCUACACAUCAGUUUUCCAGCUCUAUGAUGACUGGCUCAAGACAGGAGACCCGCGGGUGGAAGACUGGCUGCUGAUGUCUUCUCCAUUCCCCCAGACGUUCAUCACUACAGCGUACCUCUUCUUCGUCACAUUUCUGGGCCCGCGGUUAAUGGAAAACCGCAAGCCCUUUGAACUCAAGAAAGUCAUGUUCAUCUACAAUGUCUGCAUAAGUUCUUUCUGUCUCUAUAUGUUCUAUGAGUUUCUGAUGUCUGGUUGGGCAACUGGAUAUUCUUUCAGGUGUGACAUUGUUGACUACUCCAAUUCUCCUAAAGCUCUUCGGAUGGCAAAGGCUUGCUGGCUGUACUAUUUCUUCAAGUUUAUCGAAAUGUUGGACACGAUUUUCUUUGUGAUUCGGAAAAAGACGGCUCAACUUACAUUCCUUCAUAUCUACCAUCACAUUGUCGCAGCAUACACCUUGUGGUUCGUCGUCAAAUUUGCUGCAGGGUGUCUGCGGCCUGGAGCAAACUUCAUACGGUAGUAUAUGGUCUGGGUGUGUGACUGAAGAGGGCUGGACUAACAAGCAGUAGCCAGAAAGUUGUGCCC